AUGGGCUUCCAACCUGGACCCGCGGACCCGUUCUACGAGCUUAUGCAGCCACCGCCUGACGAGACUCCCGCCCAAAUGACUGCUCGUCUAAAGCGAGAGGCCGACGCGCAACGAAUUAAUGAUAUUAUUGACGAGGAUAUUAAACAGGAGCGGGCCAAGGCCAGGAAGAGCAAAAAGAUCAUAAAAGUGUUGUUGCUGGGUCAAUCAGAAAGUGACUUUCGCAUGCGCUUUGCCCAUGAAGAAUGGGAGAGGGAGCGCAAUGGUUGGCGUUCGGUUGUCCAGCUGAACAUUGUCCGCUCCAUCAUCACCAUUCUCAAAGUCAUCGAGGCGGAAAUGAACGGGGACGUACCCUUAGACUCAGACGAAGACGAUUUGACGGUCCCGGAUGACGCGAAUGGGGUCGAACCAGUCAAGUUCUCCGACCGUCAUCAGUUGCUGAUGAUACGGCUGGCACCCCUUCACGGUGUAGAGGCCGAGCUGAAGCGACGUCUUGGAGCUGGCACUGAGCCCCUUACUCCGUCAUUCGCGUCGUUGUCUGCCACUCCAUUCGAGUCGUUGGAAACCAACAGUAAUGUUCGAAGGAAACCCGAGUUUUCCGUGCGGUCAUGGAAGGAUGUAUUGGAUCGUGAAACAGGGGAGAGCGCGGAAAGCUCGAACCGGGCUAUGGAGGCUGCUACACUAACUAUCGCCGGAUGCAAGGACGAUAUGAAGGCUCUAUGGGAGGACAAGACUGUUCGUUUGACGCUAAAGCGGAGGAAACUAGUGUUGAACGAUACCGCCGGCUUCUUCUUGAACGACCUUGACCGGGUCGCUUCUCGAGACUACACUGUUACAGAUGACGAUAUCAUGCGCGCCCGGCUUAGGACUGUUGGGAUCCAGGAACAUCAGCUUAUUUUCAAGCAAGGGCCAUGGGACAAUUCAAAAUCCGGUCGAGAAUCAGGAUGGGAAUGGCGUAUCUUUGAUGUUGGUGGAUGCAGAACCAGUCGCACUGCGUGGCUCCCAUAUUUUGACAAUGUUAACGUUAUUAUCUUCCUUUCUCCUGUGUCUGUUUUCGAUCAGCGCCUGGAAGAGGACCCCUCUGUGAAUAGAUUGGAGGACUCAAUCAUUCUUUGGACCUCAAUCUGUUCUUCUAAACUUCUAUCUAAAACUCAACUGAUCCUCUUCCUCAACAAAUGUGAUCUGUUGCGUCGAAAACUGAAGCGAGGUGUGAAAGUCAACCAUUAUCUUCCCAGCUUUGGAGAUCGACCAAACGAAGUUAUACCCGUUGUAAAAUAUUUCCGCGAAAAGUUUAAAGACAUUCAAAAACAAAACUCCCCUGAGCAACGUGCUGUGUACAUAUAUCCGACAACUGUCACUGAUACCAACGCUACAGCAAUAACCCUUGAGACCGUGCGAGACGGAGUCUUACGAGAAAAUCUUGCUGCAUCGCAGCUCAUUUGA